AUGGGCAAACCAUUCUUUACCAAAAAGCAAAAAGCUGCAAUGCGGGAACGCAAAAAGCGAAAGCGUCUACAAUUGACGACUCUCGAACAAACCAAUGAUGAAACAGCCCCGAGAGCUGUUCAAGAACCAUUGAAUGGGGCGGCGGAUUCCAACAAACGGCAGCGGACCGAGUCACUUACUGAACAUGCUGAGCCAGAAAAGCCACAACACGAAAAAAAAACUGAAUUGGAGAUUCAAACAAAGAUCGUGAAUGGUAUUAUUCAUGUGCUCAUGCCCAGUGAUUUAUCUUCCAAAGACGCCAGGAAAUACCGCAAAGACGCCAGGCGGAAAUUGCGACAAGAAGGCAAGGAUGAUUCCAACAUUGAAUACAUCACCUCUGAUUCUGUCAUGGAACCCAAAAAGAAGAAAAAGAAAUCCUUUCCGUCUAUUCAAGAACUCUUGAAACAACAGAAAAUCGAGGUGAAGCAGCAAAAAGAAGAACAAAAGAUUCAAAAGAAAAUCAAUGAAAUUCCCGACUAUGAAAAAGCUCAAUACGUUGCACUGGAUUGUGAGAUGGUGGGUAUCGGAACCGACGGUAAAAAGUCGGCUCUGGCUCGUGUCUCUUUGGUGGAUUGGGAUGGAAACGAACUCUUGGAUACCUUUGUCAAGGUUCCCAUUCGAGUUACAGAUUUUCGUACCCACGUGUCUGGUGUGGAGCCCAAGCACAUCAAGGAUCAAAACGCGAUGGAGGUAGAAAAGUGUCGCGACUUAGUGGCUUCUUUGCUGAAAGACAAGAUUCUUGUGGGUCAUGCCUUGUCCAAUGAUCUAAGGGCGCUAAUGCUAACGCACCACAAGCACAAAAUUAGGGAUACCGCCAAGUAUCGUCCCUUUCAACGGUAUGGUAAUGGCAAGUGGAGGGCUCGCAAACUGAGAGACUUGGUAAAGGAAAAUUUGAAGGACAAAGAGGGCUUUCAGGAAGGCGAGCACGACUCUGUACAGGAUGCCAGAGCCACAAUGGAGCUUUUUCAUUUGGUACGGUCCCAAUGGGAAAAGGAGUUGACCGGCAAAACAAAGUAA